GAUGCUUGAUGGAACUUACUAUGCUUCCUGCCAUGCGUGAGACCGACGGGCACUCGAAGAAGAUGAAUAAUAAAGGUCCCACAUCGGAAGCGGGCGGCAUUCAACUCAUAUACACCAGCUGAAUCGGUACCGUCUAGUCGCUCUUUACUGAAGGCCGCAAACGCCUGCUUCUAUCCUUUUGCUAUACCUCUGUGACCUAUGGCACACAGCUCCCAUACACUUCAUCUUCGGGGAGAUUCUAGGUCCAAAAGGUCUUCGCUCUUUGUAUCUCCCCUUGUUCAUGCAACAUCCUCUGGGGUGCCACCUGUGCAUAGUGUCGCGAAUUCACCUGCGCUGAAGGACGUCUGUUAUGCCUCGUCCCUAGGCGACAAAGAGAGAAGACCACUUCCGUCUUCUCUUGCGGACAAGUUCGCACUGUCUCCCGACCCGUCUUCUUGGGGCAGUCAUGUGUCGAUGGAUAUCCGCGAAGCAGAUGAUCACCUCCAUAACCCAGAUCCUAGGCGAGACAAGAACUUCGAUCGAGGAGGUAUUGUUUUCAGCGGUCGCGGUGCAGCAAACCUGGGUUGUCUGCUAUUCCUUUGUCUCGGAAUAGUAACUCUUUUUGCGGGCUGGCCUCUUAUCGAUCACUUUACCAGGAACCCUAUUUCUACUAAUGGCGGAUUCAACUUGGGAGGCAUCAAUGCUACUGGACAAGUCCCUUCAAUGGCAGGAAAUUGGGGACUCGUAGACUUAGACACACCGCAGGAUGCCUACACCAAGCCAGAACAUGUCACCGGCAAAGAGUGGCAACUUGUUUUCAGUGAUGAAUUCAAUGUUGAUGGUCGCAGCUUCUAUCCUGGUGACGACCCAUAUUGGGAAGCUGUCGACCUCCACUAUUGGCAGACGAACAAUAUGGAGUGGUACGAUCCAGCCGCUAUAACAACUCAAAACGGCUCCUUAGUGAUCACUUUAUCCGAGACACCCAACCAUGGGAUGAAUUACACCGGUGGAAUGAUGGCAUCUUGGAAUAAGUUCUGCUUCACAGGCGGUCUGGUGGAGGCAUCUGUCGUUUUGCCUGGUGUUAACAACAUAGUGGGUUUGUGGCCUGCUAUAUGGACCAUGGGCAAUUUAGGGCGUGUUGGAUACGGCGCCAGUCUCGAAGGCAUGUGGCCUUACACCUAUGACGCCUGCGACAUCGGCACUCUUGCCAAUCAGACGGUCAAUGGGCUUCCGGUCGCUGCUACUAUUGACGGAGACCCUCAGGAAGGAGGAAUUUUAUCUUUUCUACCAGGACAACGACUCUCUCGAUGUACUUGCCCUGGAGAGUCACAUCCUGGUCCUGUGCAUGCCGAUGGCACUUACGUUGGUCGAGCCGCUCCCGAAAUUGAUAUGUUCGAAGCACAGAUCACCGGUGAACCGCUGUCUGGCCAAGUCUCACAGACUGGUCAGUGGGGGCCUUUCAAUGCACAGUAUGAAUGGUUCAACAACUCCGACACUUUGUUCAUUGCCGAUCCGUCCAAGAGUUACUUAAACCCCUACGUGGGUGGUGCUUUCCAACAGGCAACAUCAGUUGUAACAGAGACGAGUGUGUCCACAUUCACUUUUGAACUCCUCCCUGUCCGUUUUACUAAGCCGCCAUCAGACGAGGAAGCGUAUGAGGGUACCGGGAAUGUGUACUCGGUUUAUGGUAUACAAUAUAAGCCGGGCUUCGAUGACGCCUACAUCUCCUGGAUUUCCGAUGGUGUACUUGCUUGGACGUUAAAGCAACCAGGAAUGGCCGCCGAUCCUCGAGUCGAGAUCAACUCUCGCCCUGUUCCACAAGAGCCCAUGUACCUCAUCGCAAAUCUUGGUAUGUCGACGAACUUUGGAUUUGUCGACAUCGAACACUUGGACUUCCCCGUUACCAUGAAGGUUGACUGGAUUCGCGUCUACCAAGAUCCCGACGCGAUCAACAUUGGCUGCGACCCCGAGGACUUCCCUACCGCUGCGUAUAUCAAAGAAUAUGAGGAGGCCUAUACUAAUCCCAAUCUGACUACCUGGAGGGAUGAUUAUAAGCAACCUUUUCCGAAGAAUUCAUUGCUUGGUCAAUGCUGAAGUUUCUGGCAGGGCCUGAACGCAACCUAGUCAAGUUUCAGUUGUCACCUAAUUUGGCAUAUGUAAGGCUCAAGAAAAAUGGGCAGUACGA